GUAUUGCUUACCUGGCGGCGGGGCUGACCUCUGAAAAGCCGCCGUUCCGCCCACCCCGACGAGAGCCUUGAAGAAGCAUCAACUCGCUGCCUUUCUGCUGAGGCUGCCGACGAAGGAAGAAGAGACUAGAAAGACUAGAGCUCGUUGGCAGGCGUCGUUCAAAAUUCUACCGGCAUUGGUUCCAUGGUCUUAGCAGCCGACUACACCAAGCCCUGCGGGAACGUUGAGACAGCCUCCACCCCUUCAUCACCGGGACGUGUCGUCGCGACUACAACAACCCCACUGCAUAUAUUUGGCAGCUGGGUCGCCCGAAGGCUGCGCCCUGACACUAUAUGAUCAUACCCCAACAACCGCCCGGCUGGAUGACGCAACCACUGGAGGUCGUCUUUGGAGAGCUCGGCAUCUCGCAAUAUCUCGAUGCCUUCCUGGAUCAGGGGUUCGACUCUUGGGAGACUAUUCUCGACGUUACCGAAUCUGAUUUGGAUGUUUUAGGGGUCAAACUGGGACAUCGCAGGAAACUCCAGAGACGUAUUGCCAAUUCCCGAGGUGUCGCUCCCGAUGCCUCAUUAGUUUCUCCAACACAAGCAAGCAUUGAGGAUCCGAGGCUUGACGCGCUCAGACCUGAUGGACCCAGGGCCGAGAGUCGAGAGAAUACGACAUUAGCGGUCGCAAAACGGAAAUACAGGCGGCAUCCCAAGCCGGAUGAAAAUGCGCCGCAGCGACCCCCUUCAGCUUAUGUGCUAUUUUCUAAUAAGAUGCGAGAUGAACUGAAAGGCAGGAACUUGACCUUUACCGAGAUUGCCAAACUCGUUGGCGAGCAUUGGCAGAAUCUGUCACAGGCGGACAAGAAAUCACUCGAGUCCCAAGCACAGGAGGCCAAGGACAAAUACAACAAUGAUUUGGCCGACUAUAAGAAAACAGCAGGCUACAAGAAGUACAGCAUAUAUUUGCAGGAGUUCAAGGCGAAACACGCCCAUCAGUCUCAGGAUAAGGAGAGCGCGAAGCGGUUGAGGUUAUCGGAGAGCCAGGGAGGGAGUCAAAGCGGGAUCACCACCAACGGUUCUACGAACCGGGCAAGCAGGGCGCGGAGCGGAAGUGCCAGUGAAGGUGAGCCGGGAAGCGAGCCCGCCGCCGGCCGACGGCGGAGAAUUGGAUCUACAGCGUCGGCAAGAGAGUCCCAAUCGGUCGCAACGCCGGCCUCGUGCUAUACGUCGGUGGAUGAGUCGGUUCCUUCGCCGUCAUCCCAUGGCCCCGAUCGACGAUCUGCAGAGCGAUCCCCUGUUGUAAAUUCAAGUCCACGGGACCUGGCGUCGAUUGCACACCUCCGAAGUUCAUGGUUGGAGGACACUCGCAAUGACCAGAUUGGCAUGCAACAUCACCUGCCGCCCUUGUCCAAUAUGUUUGACCAGCAGAAUCGCCCGAGCAGCGCCGGCCACUCGAGCGAAGUCAACGGUUUCGCGUUCCCGCAAACUCCCAGCUUAGCCCUAGGCAGUCUGGAUCCCCCUCCCCCUCUAGUCGGCGGCGAAUCCAGGCCGCAGGCCCUAAAGAAGGAACAAUCCUGGGCUACCAGCAGCUCAUCGGGCUCUUCCUCAUUUGGCCAUCCACGGACACCAAUAGAGGGCCCACUCGCAAUCCACACACUCCUAUCAACAACCUCGGACCAGCAACAUGAGACCAUGUCUUUGUUCUACGGGAACUCGACUCCCUCGGACCAGAAGUCUUCCCUCCUAGAGCAGCGGGGGGUUGCCACCUCGAUGCCAUAUGCGAACGAGUUCAAGCCUGGUCCGUCGCCGACUCUUCAAAAACCUCCGCCUCCGCAUCGGUCAGCGGCGGGUGGCUACUCAAGUCAAAGGAACACGAAGCCUGGUGAGAAGAAGCCCGCGCCGAACCUAGAUGGAAUGAGCGCUUUGCUGAGGGCUGGCGAAAUUGUCGACCAGCGGCGGACCCGAUGAGACGCGCCGCCGACAGUGGAGCCCCUUGCUGAUGUUGCAGUUGAAUUCCCAGUCUCACGCGCGUGAUGGCUCUGCGUGCAAGGCCUCUUCCACCUUACGACUCUCAUAGAUGACUUCCACCUUUGAACAAUGUUUCUUAUUUAGCCGGGCUGUAUCUUGGGACGACUGUACCACGUUUUCUUGGUUCGUAUUUGCAUCAGAUACCCCCCACCUACCUAACCACCAACCGUCGCUGUAUCAACCCGGCUCUGGUCUGGCAGCAUCUGGCCUCAACUUCUUGGAACGCACACGAUACAUCCCAUGAGAAGGCAUGAACGCAAUGAGGCAGACCAUGUCCAAGGGGC